UACUCUUAUCCAGUAAACCGAACCUACAAAACUAUACAGGUGUGAGGACAUUGUGAAUCAGGGGAGGCGAGUGUGUUCAACAUGUCAGGGGUACUUCACCUACGAGGGGCGGCUUCCUGGAGGAAAAUGGGAAGCCUUCGUCAGCGAGGGCUGAAGUCCACGUCCACUUCCCGGCUAUCAAGCCCCGCCUUUCCUCCCCUCCACUCACACACACAUCUGUCCCACACCACGACAGUGAAGGAGGGAGCCUGGCUACACCCUGCAGACGACAGGACGGAGAGUCUGGCUGCCCAGGUCAAGUACAAGUCUAUGAACAACGGUAUUAUCAUCACCUACAACUCCGACCACCGUCUACACACUGAAGAUUUCUUAAAAGCCUUCACCCAUCUUAACAACAAGGUGGAGCUGCUGAGGACCUGCUUCCGUACGAGAGACAACCAACUGUGGUACUGUCGUAUGCCUGAGUCGGUCAUCGACUUCAAGGUCGUUAAUGGACCAGAUGAACAAAAUGAGAUGCAGAGGAUGAUUGACACGCCCUUCAACUUGGCCGAUGGACCUCUGUGGAAAGCUCGCCUCCUGCCUGGUGGUGGAGACGACCACAGUACUUGGCCAGAGCUGCAGGAGGAGUUCCCCCAUCAAAAUAGACUGCUGCUGGAAUUCCAUCACGCGGCAGUAGAUGGUGUUGACAUGUUUACGAUUACCGACUGGCUCGCCAAGCUGCUGGAGGACAUCAUUAGCGGGAAGCCCAUUGAUGAUAAUAAACAGCUGGGACAGCUUGUUGAUCACAGUCAGGUUGUAGCCAUUGAACAGCAGGUUAAACAAGAUUUGGAAAAGGAUCCUGAGAGGUUGAAGUUAUUGCUUGAAGAACGAAAGAAACAAAGUGUCACGCCUCUUAUCCUUGAAGCUUUUGGAGUCCAGGACGUCCCUCAUCCACAAACAGAAUAUUUAGGAAAAACUUUGUUGGAUAUGACAAUGUUUGAGAAGUUUAAUAAAAGGUGUCGCUCUGCUGGCGUCACCUUUAACUCUGGUUUCGUGGCUUUGAUGAACACGGCCUUAAUAGGUCUGGUGAAGGAGGCUGGGGUACACAGGGAAGAGUACACUCUCACUAACCGACAUGCCGUUGACCUCCGCCGCUACUUGAAGGGUCACAAGGCCUUCCCGAUGGGUAACCACUCGUUCCCCAUGAUGCAUAGUAUGACAGUCCCCGGUAAUGUCCGAGAUACUUUCUGGGAUUAUGCAAAACAGUUCGAUGUUGAUUUCCGCACAAAACUAGAGAAUAACUACAUUUUUGAAGAUUUUGUCCUUAGUCAAAUGCUCCGUCCAGAUGGCUAUUCUCACGAGAAGAACUUUGCCAACCCACCACCUCAAUUUUACAAUUACUCGUUGACUAACGUUUUUUCACCUAAAUUUUCAAAUAUGGGAAUAGGUAAGCACAUACAGAUUACUUCUAUGCAAAACAUAGUUCCCAUAGGCAAAAGCGAAGUCGCAAUUAUGAGUGGCCUGGCCAACUUACGUAAUAAAGUUAGGUUCAGCGCCUGGUAUUCAACACAUACCAUGACAAGAGACACAGCACAGAAAUUUUUCGACAGAGUCUUGUCACUCUUCCGUGAGUUGUCUGACUAGCUACCAUCUCUACAAGCUCUACCCCCCACAGGUCACCUGCAGUUGUUGAGGAAGGUCACAAUUUAGCAAAUGGCCGAGUUUUGUGAUGGAUGACUGGCGAAAUGUAUGAAGACAUACUGGGAUAAAAUGAUGACAUAGUGAUUAAUAAACGACACAGUGACGACAGUCAAGGUGAUGACAACCUCCUACAGUAUAAUGUGUGUUGUUGAUUACAUUCUGGCCAACACCUGAAUAACGUAACUGAUACAUUUAAGGUUGAGGUGUACAGUCCCUCCAAAAAGUAUCUUUACGGUUUUGUUUGAGACAAUAUGACACAACCGAUGAAGGAUUUUGACAACUCUACCGAGACAACAGAGUCGCAGCGUUCAUUUUGAAAUUCAUCGGAGUCCACCAUAAAGAUACCUUUCGGAGUGACUGUACAGUAUAGUACAGGACUGUACAGUAUAGUACAGGACUGUACAGUAUAGUACAGAACAGUACCUGUAUAUUAAAAGUCUUAAAUGAUGACUAGGCCUAAACCGUAGAGUAGCCUACCUAUUAACCUACUUUGUAUGACUAAAGGAGCUAGUGAUGACCCAAGGUGGAUAACUCGUUGGUCUUCUUAAAAUCAGUGGCUGGGUUAGACCCUAUCACGGGAUAACUGCCAGCAGCGGGUUGUGUGAGUAUGACUAAUGAACUUGAGUUAGUGAAGACGGGCGUUUACCUGGUAGACACACAGCCCUUACACGUACUUUACGUUCACAAAAGAAGUUGAUUAUUUUCACCAUGUUUUAUUUGAUGUGGACUUCAUAAAUUCAUUUAUUAUUAAAUCUGGAUGUUAACUUCUGAGAUUAAUAAACUAGAUUCAACAA